AGUGGAACACCAGUCUCUUUCAACGCUGCAACUCCACCUGUAAGUCGGCCAUCAAGUAAGCAGCCUAGCCAAGCUGGCAGUCCUGUUCUGCUGCAGAAUUCAGUUCUAAGAGAUGCAAGUGCGGCGCUGAACAUUGACGCAUGCGGUGGCAAAGAGGCUGCAUCGAGAAGCUCAAGUCCUGGCCUUGCCACUCCCACAACACG